UCUCCACUAUUUUCUCCGGCCAAAACAGAAAAAUGGCAAAGCUUUCAAUUACCAGCUUCUCGCUCACCGUCCUUGUUGUAUUAGCCCUCCCAUGGACUCAAGCCCUCAACGCAAAGAAAACCGUGAUCUCCCGUCGCGAUUCUCAGAAUCAGACCGUCACCAACAUCCAAUUCUACUUCCACGACAUCGUCAGCGGAAAAACCCCCACCGCCGUCAGGGUUGCCGAGGCCCCCAUGACCAGCAAAUCUCCCACGCUUUUCGGCGCCCUGUUCAUCGUCGACGACCCGUUGACGGAGACGCCCAACCCGAAGUCGAAGGAGGUGGGUCGGGCCCAGGGGCUGUACGGGUCGGCCGGGCAGCAGGAGCUGGGGCUGUUCAUGGCCCUUACCUACGAGUUCACCGCUGGCGAGUACAACGGGAGCUCCAUAUGCAUUUUGGGGAAGAAUUCGGUGAUGCAUCAAGUUCGUGAGCUGCCGGUCGUCGGAGGGACGGGGGUUUUCCGGUUGGCUCGUGGGUAUGCGCUGGCCAGGACUUAUUGGUUCAACGCCGCCGGCGAUGCCAUUGUCGGUUAUAAUGUAACGGUUAUUCACUGAUUAGCAUCCCAUCCGACAGCUAAUUUAUUUUCUUUUAAUUUGCUCCUUUUUUUUUUUUGUUACUGUUGAUUUCUUCUCACAUGUCAGUUUGAUUAUAUGUGUACGUUUGGCUCGAAUUAUAGAGAACAUGUUCCCCUUUGCUCCACGAUAUUAAAUUAUUACAAAGUUACGUUAUAAAUAAAAGAGUGAU